CUCAGCUAAUGCGGAGAAGCCGAGGUAGCCCUAAUGAUGGAUUUUGAUGAGCGUGUUCCUUGUUCCUCUAACAUGUAUUUGCCAAGUUGUACUUACUACGUCUCGGGUCCUGAUUUUUCCAGCCUCCCUUCUUUUUUGCCCCAGACCCCGUCUUCUCGCCCUAUGACAUACUCCUACUCCUCCAACCUACCCCAGGUCCAACCUGUGAGAGAAGUUACCUUCAGGGAAUAUGCCAUUGAUCCCUCCAGUAAAUGGCACCCCAGGAACAAUCUGCCCCACUGCUACUCCGCAGAGGAGAUCAUGCACAGAGACUGCUUGCCUGCCACCAACACUGCUAGCAUGGGCGAGAUGUUCGGCAAAAACACAGCUAACGUCUACCACCCCAGCACCAACGUCUCCUCCAAUUUCUAUAGCACGGUGGGCAGGAACGGGGUCCUACCCCAGGCUUUCGACCAGUUUUUCGAGACGGCUUAUGGCACGGCGGAAAACCUGGCCUCGGCGGACUACCCGGUAGACAAGAGUGGCGAGAAGGCGCCCGCGGCCGCCGGGGCGGCGGCGGCGGCGGCGGCGGCGGCGGCGGCGGCAACUUCAAGUUCGGAGGGCGGCUGCGGCAGGGCGGCGGCGGCGGCGGCGGCGGCGGAGAAGGAGAGGCGGAGGCGGCCGGAGAGCAGCAGCAGCCCCGAGUCAUCUUCCGGCAACAAUGAGGAGAAAUCCGGCAGCUCCAGUGGACAACGUACCCGUAAAAAGAGAUGCCCGUACACCAAAUAUCAGAUUAGAGAGUUAGAAAGGGAAUUCUUCUUCAGUGUCUACAUAAACAAAGAGAAACGCCUCCAGCUCUCCCGAAUGCUCAAUCUGACCGACCGCCAAGUGAAAAUAUGGUUUCAGAACAGAAGAAUGAAAGAAAAAAAAAUUAACAGGGACCGAUUACAAUAUUACUCAGCUAAUCCACUACUUUAAAACUCACAGCGUUUUUUCAAGACGAGAUUAAAUUCAGAUUUCGCCCUUGACAAGGUCAAGCCACGGGGUUACGUGGAGGAAGGAGGUGUGUA